AACCUGUAGCAGGGCUCGUGGUUAAUCUUCUCCUGUGUCCAGCGAAAGGCUUCAAAGUGCUCCCUUGCAGGCUUUUCCCUCCCAGUGUGGAGUUUUAUUUUCCUAAACGGAGCAAAACCUCUCUCAGGGAAUGAAAAUAUCGGUGGUGUCCAAGAAGCUGUGGUGCGUCCACAAACAGCUGCUUCUCUUGCUCGCUCCACUGGUUUUUCUGCCUAUACUUUUUACUCUGCCAGAAAAGGAGGGAAGAUGCCUUUACGUGGUGAUACUGAUGGCUACAUUUUGGUGCACAGAGGCCCUGCCUCUGGCGGUCACAGCCAUGCUUCCAGUCUGUCUCUUUCCAACGUUGGGAAUUCUCCCGGCCAAAAAAGUCUGCCCCCAGUACUUCAUCGAGACCAACUUCCUCUUCUUCAGCGGCCUUGUGAUGGCAUCGUCCAUCGAGGAGUGGGGCCUGCAUCGUAGGAUAGCACUGAAGGUCCUCAGUAUUGUCGGAGUAAAACCCGCUUGGCUCAUCCUGGGAAUGAUGAUGACCUCCUCCUUCCUUUCCAUGUGGCUGAGCAACACUGCAACAACAGCCAUGAUGCUUCCUAUUGCAAAUGCCAUACUGGAGAGCCUGUUUGGGGACCUGGAGACCCUGAAGAAAAAGUGCAAAUCUCCAGAGGAUCACGACAGUGCUAUAAUAAAUGGGCAGACCUCACUGAAGCUCCAUCCGCUGCCAGCAGAGCCUUCUGAAAAACAAAUGCUGUCAAUGGAUGGGAUCGAUGCUGUGGAAACUACAGACAUGAGGACAGCUGAGGAGAUCCGAUCAGAGUCAGAGUAUCAGCUAAAAGUGUGGAAAGGAUUCUUGAUCUGUAUUCCUUACGCUGCCAGUAUUGGAGGGACAGCCACAUUGACAGGCACUGCACCAAACCUUAUUCUGAUUGGUCAGCUCAAAAGCUACUUCCCAGACUGUGAUCUUAUCAACUUUGGCUCUUGGUUCGCCUUUGCCUUCCCGCUUAUGCUUCUCUUCCUGUUUUUGGGAUGGAUAUGGAUCUCUUUUCUUUAUGGUGGACUGAAUACAAGGUUGUGCUUCACAAAACAUGACCAUAGAGCCCAGGCAGAAGCCAGAGCCAGAGCUCUAAUUAAAGAAGAUUACAGAAAACUGGGACCCAUAAAUUUUGCAGAAGGGGCCAUCUCUUUCUUUUUUAUUUUAUUCGCUGUUCUUCUGUUCACAAGAGAUCCCAAAUUUGUUACUGGCUGGUCAGUGUUUUUCAAAAAAGGGUAUGUCUCAGACGCUGUCACUGGUGUCAUCAUCGUGUCCAUUUUGUUCUUCUUCCCAUCACAGAAACCAUCUCUGAGUUGGUGGUUUGACCCACAAGCUGUAAACACUCCAUAUGUUCCUCUGCUUUCAUGGAAAAAAGCCCAGGACUCUGUUCCCUGGAAUAUUAUUCUCUUGCUCGGAGGCGGCUUUGCAAUGGCCAAAGCUUGUGAGGAGUCCGGCCUUGCCUCCUGGAUUGGAGGCCACCUCCAGCCUUUGGCUGAAGUUCCCCCCGCUGUAGCUGUGAUGUUGAUCACUGCUUUCCUGGCCUGUUUUACUGAGUUUGCAAGCAACACAGCCACUAUUAUCAUAUUUCUACCUGUCAUUGCUGAGCUGGCCAUUCGUGUCUCUGUGAACCCUCUGUACUUCAUGAUCCCUGCCACAGUGGGAUGUUCAUAUGCCUUCAUGCUCCCUGUGUCCACACCGCCCAACUCCAUCGCAUUCGCAUCCGGACAUCUCAUGGUCAAAGACAUGGUGAAAACCGGCUUUGUGAUGAAUAUCCUGGGGAUCCUCUCAGUCUCUCUGGCUAUGAACACGUGGGGCGUCACCAUGUUCAACCUGAGCUCUUACCCGGAGUGGGCGCACGCUUCCAACAACACAAUGAAGUCAAUCAAUGCCACACUCUGAUGAUGUAAAUGCAGACUGUAUAUAGAUAUAUAACUAAACCUAUACAUGGACACGUCUUUUUUUUUUUUAUGUCUGUUCUGUUGCUAAAACACCACAAGGCUCGGUUACUCCUGUUACUUCCUCUGCUGCCUUUAGGAAGCUUUUUGUAAUUAUUGCUUCAUACGUUUCAUACUUUAUUCUUUGCUUCACAGAUUUUAAAUUAAUUAUGUGAAUAUGAUGUACAGAAUGCCGCAUUGUCAUACACUGUUUUAUAGGCUGGAAGUACUGACUGCCUUUCUAGACAUAUGCAUUUGUGUGAUAUCCCAUCUUUCCAGACCCAGAAUGAGGUCAGACACUAAUGCUGGACUAGAAGAUCUGGCUCUCAGUUUCUUCUCUAAUUCAUCCUUAGGGUGUUUAAGUUCAGGGUCAGUGCAGGCCGAUCAACCUCGUCCACACCGAACGAGCUCUAUGGACCUUUGUGCACCGGUGCCAAGUCACGUUGGUACAGGAAGGGGUUUAAUAUUGUCCAAAAUGUCUUAGGAUGCUGAAGCCUUGAGAGGUCCUUUCACCGGUGCCAAAGGACCGAGCCCCACCCCUGAAAAACAGCGUCACACCAUUACCCCUUAGCAUCAAAGUUGAAAAAGCAUUAGCCCUUCCCCUAAAAACUGCCAAACUCAAAACUCUUCCCUUGGUUUGCAAGAAGGGAGAGGCAUGAACACAUCCCCGCUGCUCAAGAGUCUGUUGUACUUUACGCCAGGGGUUCCCAAACUUUUCAGCCCGCGACCCCCAAAAUGCCAGAGACCGGUGACACCAUUUUGGCGAGGGGGGAUUUUUU